AUAAAAAUGUCGUUUUUCGCUAAACAAAUGGUUCCAAUUACCAAGCAAAUGUACUUAGUGCCCUCAGCUACACGAAACAUGUCCGUUAUGGCCAAAGUUCUGCGGUACGGUGAAUACGGUGAACCGGCAAAAGUGUUGAGACUGCAAGAGGAAACCAUUUCCGAUCCGAAAGAUGAUGAGGUGCUGAUAAAAACACUCGGUGCACCGAUUAACCCAGCGGACAUAAACACUAUUCAAGGAAAAUACCCGGUUAAACCCGUGUUUCCCGCCGUGGGUGGUAACGAAUGCGUUGGCGAAGUUGUGGCCAUCGGACGGGGCUGUGGAGCCAGUCAGCUGAAAGUAGGAGAUCGCGUCGUACCAUUUGCCACUGGUCUGGGCACAUGGCGCUCACAUGCAAUCUAUAGCGCAAACCAAUUGAUGAAAGUGCCCGCCAACAUCGGUGUUGCGGAAGCGGCCACCAUUACUGUCAACCCCUGUACCGGCUAUCGGAUGCUGAAGGAUUUCGUUUCGCUCAAACCAGGCGACACAGUUAUCCAGAACGGGGCAAACUCAGCCUGUGGUCAAGCAAUCAUUCAGCUGUGCAGGGCAUGGAAAAUCGAGUGCAUUGGCAUCGUGCGUGAUCGUCCAGAGUUUUCUCAGUUGAAGGACUAUUUGAAAGGGCUCGGUGCAGCCGAGAUCCUAACGGAGGAAGAGCUGCGCACAACCAAACUGUUUAAGGACGGCAUCUUCCGCAAACCAAAGCUUGCCCUGAACUGUGUCGGGGGCAAGAACGCGUUGGAAAUGUCUCGUCAACUUGAUCAGGCUGGCGUGAUGGUCACUUACGGUGGAAUGUCUAGAGAGCCUGUGACCGUUCCGACAGCAUCGCUUAUUUUCAAAGAUCUACGAUUCGUCGGGUUCUGGAUGACCCGGUGGACGAAAGAGAACGUCGACAACCCUCAGCGCAGUGAAAUGUUUAACGAAUUGUUUGGUCUUAUCGAUCGGGGAGCAUUGAAAGCCCCAGCUCACGAAAUGAUCGCGUUCGAAGACUACGAGAUGGCAGUCACCAAUGCGUUGAACAUACAAGGGUUUGUAGGGAAGAAGUAUAUUUUUAAUUUUUAAUCUAAAUGUUGUGAUGAAUAGAUAGAGAGACCAUAUAAUGGUUAAUCUAGUGAAUUAAUUUUUAAUAAAUUGAUUAGAAC